GUAACUGUAGCUGUAGCAAUGGCUGUAACAAGUAUCUAGAGUAAAAGGAAGCCUUUUUCUUCUUGGCUACUCCUUAACAACAGUUUGUCCCUGCUUGGCUGUCAAUAGUGGGAACUUUUGGCUGGAGAGCCCAUUAACCAUGUGACUGUUGUUUACUGAUUGAGACUUUGGAACAGCAGAUGCUUCCGUGGGGACAGCUUCUUUUCAUGGGAAUGGAGUCUUCAAAGAGUAAUUUUUCUGUCAACAGAAAACUUAAUUUGACUUAGAAAUUGGACAUGUAAACAGAAUUAAAAACUGUGACUCUGCUGAGUUAAACAUUAGUUAUUUGAAUAGUUGGUCUUUGGCAGAACCAGGCUGUACUUUCUUCAUUCCAUUUUGUUUGUUUUAUUUUUAGCCAUGGAGAAGGAAUUGAAUAAAUCCUACACAAAGAUCUUGUCUUUGACGACCACCUCGUACUCCUGGAUUAUGCAGUUAGUGGAAUAUCAUAAGCACUCAAAUAUGCACCUCAACUUUCAGUGUCUCCUCAGUACAGGUUCCGUAAAAGAGACAAAGUGAUGUUUUAUGGCCGAAAGAUCAUGAGGAAGGUGAGUACCCUACCAACCAGUCUUGUUGGGAACAGCACUGUGCCCCGGCAGAGGAUGAGGAAGAGAAUCAAGGUUCUAUCUUUGGCUAAAAGGAUCCUACGGUUCAAGAAGGAUUAUCCCACCUUGCAGCCAAAGGAGCCCCCACCCUCCUUGCUGGAAGCUGAUCUCACUGAGUUUGAUGUUAAAAAUUCUCACCUACCGUCUGAGGUCUUAUACAUGCUGAAAAAUGUCCGGGUCCUGGGCCACUUUGAGAAGCCACUGUUCUUGGAACUCUGCAAACACAUGGUUUUUGUGCAGUUACAUGAAGGAGAGUACAUCUUCCGUCCUGGAGAUCUUGACAACAGUAUUUAUGUGGUGCAGGAUGGGAGACUGGAAGUUUGCAUUCAGGAAAAUGAUGGUACCGAGAUGGUGGUGAAAGAAGUCCUGGCUGGAGACAGUAUCCACAGCCUCCUCAGCAUCCUGGACGUCAUCACUGGCCAUGCAGCACCAUAUAAAACGGUAUCUGCCAGGGCAGGGAUACCAUCUACCAUUUUAAGGCUUCCAGCUGCUGCUUUCCUGGGUGUCUUUGAGAAAUACCCCGAGACCUUGGUGAGGGUAGUACAGAUCAUAAUGGUGCGGCUGCAGAGGGUGACCUUCCUGGCUCUACACAAUUACUUAGGGCUUACCACUGAACUUUUCAACUCUGAAAGUCAAGCUAUACCUUUGGUGUCUGUGGCCAGUGUAACAGCCAGUAAAAUUAAGAGACAUAUGUCCUGUCCAGCAACAGAUGAAGAUCAACGGGGAGAGAAGGUUGAGAAGUCCCAAGAAUGCACAGAACCAGAUCAUAUGAAGGGAAUCCAGUUAGAGACCUCUUCACUUCUUGUGAAGCGGAGUCUCUCAAGCCCACUGCCUUCAAAACAUGAAGAGAAUUUUGAUGAAUUAGGAAAAUUCCAGGGAAUUGGACCUUCCACAGUGUCAUCUCAAGGGUGUUCCAUCGGCACUAAAUCAGACCUGGGGAUGGUAUUUGACAGGGCCAGACUUAAUUUCCUUUCGGAUGAACCUCCUGUGACUUCCAGUAAGGCAAGGAAAUCGGUAACAUUGGCAGAAAUCCCCUCUGCUGUCAUUCAUUAUUCAGAAGACAACAUUGAGGAAGCUGGCACUAGCUGGAAGACGGAUGCUAUCUUCAAAGCUGCCAAGAAGGACCUUCUCACCCUCAUGAAACUGGAUGAUCCUUCACUCUUGGAUAACAGAGUGACCUUGCUUCAUGUACCUGCGGGUACCAUGGUGUCAAAACAAGGAGACCAGGAUGUCAACAUCCUGUUUGUGAUCUCUGGGAUGCUACAUGUAUAUCAGCAGAAGAUUGACAGUGAAGAAAAUACAUGCCUAUUUAUCACUCAUCCUGGGGAGCUGGUAGGCCAACUGUCAGUACUUACAGGGGAGCCACUUAUCUUUACCAUCAAGGCCAACAAAGAAUGUUGCUUCCUCUCCAUCUCCAAGUCAAAUUUCUAUGAGAUUAUGCGCAAGCGACCAAGUGUUGUCCUGGCUGUUGCUCACACAGUUGUGAAGAGAAUGUCUUCAUUUGUGAGGCAGAUAGAUUUUGCCCUGGACUGGAUGGAGGUAGAAGCUGGACGUGCAGUUUACAGGCAGGGUGAUAAAUCUGACUGCACAUACAUUGUACUUAAUGGCCGUCUGCGUUCUGUGAUCAAGAAAGAUGAUGGAAAAAAACAUUUGGCUGGUGAAUAUGGACGAGGAGAUCUCAUUGGUGUGGUGGAAACACUAACCUACCAGCCCAGAGCUACAACAGUACAUGCUGUUCGGGAUUCAGAAUUGGCCAAGUUACCAGCAGGAGCAUUGACUUCCAUCAAGCGCAAAUAUCCACAGGUUGUGACUAGGCUAAUCCAUUUGCUUGGGGAGAAGAUCCUUGGCAGUCUUCAGCAGGGAGCUGUACCAGGUCACCAGUUUGGGCUGUAUUUCUCAGGCAACAAGUGGAAUUCUGGGAAUCCAUCCAGCAACCUUUCAACAGUGGCUAUCAUGCCAGUAUCAGAAGAUGUACCCCUCAUUACAUUUACUCUGGAACUCAAUCAUGCCCUCAGUGGGAUUGGCCCAGUCUUGCUUUUGAACAGUGACAACAUCAAACAACGUCUUGGAGCUGCAGCUCUGGACAGUAUUCAUGAAUACAGAUUAUCCAGUUGGCUGGGACAACAGGAAGACAUCCACCGCAUUGUACUCUACCAGGCAGACAGCACCUUGACCCCAUGGACCCAGCGCUGUAUUCGGCAGGCAGACUGUAUCCUGAUUGUGGGGCUGGGAGAACAAGAGCCCACUGUAGGCGAGCUGGAAAAGAUGUUGGAAAACACAGCUGUUCGUGCUCAGAAGCAAUUGAUCCUGCUUCACAAGGAGGAUGGGCCAGAGCCUUCCCGCACAGUUGAGUGGCUUAACAUGAGAACCUGGUGUUCAGGCCAUUUGCACCUUCGCUGCCCCCGCCGGGUCUUUUCUCGUAGGACCCGGGCAAAAGUGGUGGAAAUGUAUGAACGUGUAUUCCAGAAGCCUCCUGACUUGUACUCUGACUUUUCCCGCCUAGCUCGAGUUUUGACUGGCAAUGCUAUUGCAUUAGUGCUUGGAGGAGGAGGAGCAAGAGGUUGCUCCCAAGUUGGUAUCAUUCGGGCUCUGAUGGAGGCAGGCAUUCCUGUGGAUAUGACAGGAGGGACCUCAGUUGGAUCCUUCAUGGGGGCUCUGUUUGCUGAGGAGCGAAACUACAGCCAGACAAGGAUCCGGGCCAAGCAGUGGGCCUUGGAUAUGACUUCAGUGCUGAAGACAGUGCUUGACCUGACUUACCCAAUAACUUCCAUGUUCUCUGGAGCAGCUUUCAAUAAUGGCAUCAGAAAAGUCUUCAAAGACAAACAGAUUGAGGAUCUCUGGAUUCCUUAUUUUGUUAUCACAACAGAUAUCACUGCCUCUACAAUGAGGGUCCACACGGAUGGCUGCCUGUGGAGGUAUGUCCGAGCCAGUAUGUCUCUGUCUGGUUACAUGCCCCCGCUCUGUGACCCCAAAGACGGACACCUACUGAUGGAUGGUGGCUACAUCAACAACCUGCCAGCUGACGUGGCCAGAUCCAGGGGUGCCAAAGUGGUGAUUGCCAUUGACGUGGGCAGCAGGGAUGAAACGGACCUCACCAACUACGGUGACUCGCUGUCUGGCUGGUGGCUGCUCUGGAAACGCUGGAAUCCCCUGGCUACAAAAGUGAAGGUGCUGAAUAUGGCAGAGAUCCAGACACGCUUGGCCUAUGUGUGCUGUGUCAGACAGCUAGAGAUGGUGAAGAACAGUGAUUACUGUGAAUAUAUACGACCACCCAUUGACCGCUAUGGUACCCUGGACUUCAGCAGAUUUGAUGAAAUAUGUGAGGUGGGUUACCAGCACGGACGGACUGUGUUUGACAUCUGGUCCCGGACUGGUGUGCUGGCAAAGAUGCUGAAGGACCGGCAGGAAACCCGCAAAAUGAAAGCCUCAGAUGUGCUCACCUGCCCCAAUGCCUCCUUCACUGACCUGGCAGAGAUUGUGUCCCGCAUUGAACCAACCAAAUCCUCAGUAGUCGAUGAUGAAUCUGACUACCAGACUGAGUAUGAAGAGGAGAUUCUAGACUUCCCACGGGAUGAAUAUGUCAGCUUCCAGAGCACUGCAAAACAAGAUUCUCGCAAGGAUUCCAUUUUUGAAGAUAACUCAGACUCGGAAGAAGAGACUGUGAUCCAGAAAUACAGCCGCUCCUCCCAGAUCAGUUCCCUUUCUGACUUCUCAGACAUGGAAUCAUAAGAGCCUUAUUUCCCUCCUAGGAGCUAUGAGGCUUGUCUUUGGGAGGCUGAGACCUUGAGGUUUGGUGCUGCUGGAAUGGAGCCACAGUCACUUCUCCUGAAGCCAUCUUGGGCAUCUGUGGGAGGGAUGGACACAAUCGCCCUCUUCCUCUCCAACACCCAACCAAAUCACUGGCCCACUGUGAGAUGCUAACCCCACAAGUUGAGGGUGAGGAAAGGGGGAAAGUGAGGAAGGGAAUUUAAUGUGGUUUGAGAAAAGAGGAGGUGCUUGGGUUUACUGUGGUUUUGUAUAAUUCAGACUGCCCUUGAAGUGCUUGUUCCCUGAUCCUGUUAGAGAAGCCACAUAGGAACAUUGGUCCUGGGGAGAAACCUUUGGAAACCUUGGAGGCUGGGGUGAAGGAGUACAGGGGAUUCUCAGGCAGAUUGAUUACUUCUAUCGAGGGUCUUCCUCUGGGGGUGCCCUUAGGUGGUGUGGCAGCCUUCAGUCACCUCCAGUGCUUGUUCUGGUAUGGGUCACCCACUAGAGCCAUCCUCUUCCUGGGCUAAGGUAGGGUGAGGCUCACGACCCUGGUGAGAGAGAGCUAGGCCAUCUUCCCAUCCUGAUCCUCUCCUCCUGGGGUCAGGAUAAGGUAUAUGUAUGGUGACCAAGCCAGAUUCUUCACUUCUCCCUUCUAGGACUCAGUACCCAAGGUAUAGAUUCCAUUUUCAUGUCCUUGGUCAACCUUAAAAAAACAACACAAAGAGAGUGAGCCAAAGAACCAGGGCUGGGCCCUGAAAGCCAGUCCCUCAUUCAAGAGGCAUCUAGGACCACCUCCAACCCUAAGGCCCAGGACAAGCCUGUAAGAAGCAUAGAAAGUUGGGAGAUGCCACCAGAAUUAGGGAUUCUACUUCGUGUUCACUUCCCAGGGUCCUAAUUUCCAGUCCUCCAGUCUGUGGCUCCUGAAGGGUCUCUGGGGAAGAGAUUCCUCUGUCCCAGCUUAACAUGAGAAGCAGCCUCUUUCCCCUCAGGGUUGGACAAGUUUGAGGCUGGAGAUGGGAAGAUGUAGGAAACUGAAAAGGCAGCAUAUGAUUUAGUUUGUUAAUAAAUAUAUAGAGAUAUUUGUAACA